CUAUGCUACCUCGGCAUUUACACCUUGAUUACAACUUUACGCGCCGCGAUUCUGCAUAUCCCCUCCCCUCCCCUUCCCUUGCGCCACUGUGCACCCAACCCGCUGUCCUGCGUCAUACCCUACUUACUUUCUGGGCGCAUUCAGAUGCAUACGGGGAACGCUUCCGUGCCCACUAUCCUCGGCCCAAUGGCCUAAAGCUUGGUUUCGGUGUCGUUGGCCGAUCAUCGCAUCCUUCUCAGUGUGGCCGAGGAGUCAUUUUCAUUCCCAUACCGGCUCUCUUGGGUCUUGUCUUUCCUCGCCCACACAUCCACUACAUGCUCCCAGCGGAGUCACCCCAUGCUCGAGUCGAGGAUUCAGCUUCUGCGGGCUCAGCCGCAUCUAAAGUUGAUAAUAUCUGAAGGGGGGCGGGAGAGGUAAGGAGGCUGCCUGGGCUAGUACACACGCAGCUGGAGAUAAACGGCGGCCUCGACAAGUCGCGUUUGGUCGCCUCGCUUUGAACGUUUUGUAGGCUGUGCAAAUGAGUAUUUGAAAAGACCGACUGUCAGAAGGACGGGCUGCCGUUUUCUCUCACGUCUCUUCUCUCUUCCUCUUCAUCAGCCAUAUUCAUUCCGUCGCCAUUGGGGUUGGCCUCUUCCUGAGGAAAUCCUUUAAAGACCGCCCACCAUGCCAACUCAGACUCCCGAAGAGCUUCUCAGGGCCGUCGAGGCUAGCCAUGAGCAAUACCUUCGCAGCCUGCGAAGUCUUCACGAAUCUCUGGCCAGCGCUGUGAGAGAACGAUCAGAGCCCAGAACGACAUCCAGUAUUACCUUGCCGUCAUCACCUGCCUCGCGACUAUCCAAUAGCCCCUAUCAGAGUCCGGUCCAGAGCCCGGUGCAAACAUCCCAGGCGGUUUUUCCAUCGGCGUCAUAUCGUACCCGCAGCUCAACCUUUUCCGAGCCUAUCGAGAAGCGACCGCUUACCAACGGCGGCGAGAAAGACCAUGUUCCGGCCUCGGUUUACUCGGGACUCGAAGUCGAGUAUCUCCCCCUGCUGGACGUCGCAGCCCCCCGCGAGGCUUCCGGCUCCGAUGGCACUCUCACUCCAUCCGCCUCGAAGCUCAUUGAGCGAGUGUCUUGGACCGACAGCCAGCUUCUCCAUCAUCUCAAGCAUUUCAACUUCACCGGCGGCGCCGCCAUUGCCCUGACAGACGUGAUCAAGCGGCAGACCGAGAUCGAUGAGAGAACAGACUUCGAGACCUUUGCCGCCUACGAAAGUCAGGGCUACGUCAGCUCAACCUUUGAACUAUACGACGUCGACACGAAGGGGGCGCCUCGUCAUGUGGGUAAGCAAUCAGAUCGGCAGCCCCAGGGCGUUGCGCCCGACGUCGCCCCAUCCCCAAGCCAGAUUGUCGACGCGCCGACUGUUUGGAACGCCCUCAAGGGCAUUCACGCAGACGGCCAAGCCGUUGGUCUCGUGACAAUCCUCCAAGAGCCUUCGGCCCUCAUGCUCGGCGCCCUGCACAUGACCAUGUCGCCAUACUUUGACAUGACGGAGCUCCUCAAUCACUUCAUCACGGACCACGAAAACAACGGCAAGACGACCGCCCAUGUCCACCGCGCCUUUGCCCGUGACCCGUCCCCCUCGCACCUCCGCCAGCGCAGCUUCUUCUUCGUCUUCAAGUACUAUACCGUCGUCGGCGACGGCCUCGAGCCCGCCCCCUUCCAGAAGUACGACAAGCGCCCGCCCGACCGCCGCUCGCGGGACCACAUCGACAUCGCUGAGUGCAGCUCCAUCCUCGCCCUCUCGCUCUCCGGCCCGCCGCGCCAGUCCGUCAAGCAGACCCGCCGUCGCGAAGGGCCGCAGGAGGGGUUUCUCUUCGACACCUUCGCGCCGUGGCACCUGCUCUCGAUCCAGUCCUUCCCGGACGAUGAGCACACUCUCCGCGGCGGCGACGCCGAGUCUCAAAAGACCUUCUUCUCCGGCCCGUGGGCAUUCCUCGACGCCCUGGUGACGGAGUACCGCGACGCCACGAAGCGGAACCUCGCUCUCCAUGCCCGCAUCGCCAAGCUCAUCACCCCGCCAACCGACUUCAUGUUCGACGCCAGGCUGCGCGACAAGCUGCUCUUCGAGGACAAGCACUUCACCUACAUCCGGCGGUACUUCUGGGCCUAUAACACGCUGGGCGUCGUCAACGAGGGCCUGCGCGCCAUGCUCGCCGCGUACCGGGAUACCUUCCCCGACGACUUCUGGGAGGGCCGGCACCCGACGCUGUGGCCGCACCCGUCCCCGGACAGCUCCGAGGGGAGGGCGUACCGAGACAAGAUGAUGCCGCUGCGGUCGGACUUGGAGAGGGCAUGCCGCGACCUGGAGACUGUGCACGCCAAGAACGCCGCGACGCGCAAGGAGAUUGAGAACCUGAGGGACCAGCUCUUCAGCGGGAGCUCGAUCAAGGAGUCACGACGGGCCAUCGAGCAGGGCGACAACAUCAAGGUGUUGACCCUGGGGUCCAUGGUGUUUCUCCCCCUGACGUUCGUAACUUCCGUCUUCGGCAUCACGGAAUUUACCAUCCCCGCGCAGGAUUGGCGGUUCCCCGUGACCAUGGUCUGCGUCUGCGUUCCCUUCAUCCUGGCCCUCAUUCUCCUGCAGACGCGCGCGGGGUACUCGCUUGCCAGGCACACUUUUGCCGCCCUCACGUGGCCGUUCCGCCUCUUGGCGAACGACGGGGCCGGGGACACGUUUCCGCCCGCGAUUGCUAUGCCUGCGGUCGAGGCGAGACCGCGCAGAAAGAGACGGCUUACGAGUCGAAGGCCGCCUUCACCACAGCCGCCGGCUCAAGAGAAGCCUCAAGAGGCGAAGGAAACGGGGCUAGGGUCGUGGUUGACUUGGGGAAUGGGACGAAGCAACGUCAAUACGAGGGGUAAUGAUAAAGAGGCGGGUCAGGAGGGCGAUGUCCUGGUGUUUGGUCAUGUUUAACGUCCGACUCAACGCUGUGGUUUCAUACAUAGAUAUAGAUAGAUGUAGUGAUAUAUCAUAGGUAGCUUUGUUUGGGCAAACCAUUUGCAAACCCAUCCGCAUGUACUACUAGAAAACACGUAAACCCCUACGACUGUUCGACCCAAACAGCGCGACAGGACACUGGUAGACAUCAACACCCUAUAAGCCGAUACGGGAGAUCGUAGAUCGACCAACACCCGCC